GGCCAAGGAGUUGAAGACUGGCAAAGACCAUGGUUUGCUAGGUACACAGCCGCAGUGUACGUAGUGUCUGGCUUUUUAGUUUAUAUCGGAAGUGGUACUUACUCCGAAACAAACAAAAUAGGUCUGUAUGCAGUUUUUUUUCUACACAACAAUAGAAUGGCUGAUAAUCGAAACGAAGCACCCCUUAUUAUUAAUGGAUACACAGGUAGGUUUUAUUUAAUUAAAAUUGAUUUAAACAAUGGGGACGCCUGCCACUAUUUUAUCGAAUUUCACGAAUGUAUCCCUAAAUCGAUCCCUCAAUCUAACCUAAGCCUAAAGCCUAAACCCUAAUUCACUGCAACUAUAAUAAACACACAUAAUUAUUAUAACUACUAAUUUUCGCCGUAAAUAAAUACUUUAUAAAAUGUUCAGGUUGAAUGAUCUAAUUUAGGUACUUUGAUUAGAAAAUUAAAACUUUUUUGUAAAAAUAAACCAAUGGCAUAGUUGAAUAGAGCUAAUUUUUAAAGAAUUAUAACACCAAAAUCAUAUUUUUAGCUGUUGUCACUGUUGUAGUUUUAAAGUUAUGAAUUUUUAAAGUUCGACUUAAUUUGUCCUUUUUUAACAUGAAACAUGGACUGCAUCUCCACAUUCUGUGACCAGAUUCUGCUGUUUGCGUUACGAGCUCUUGUUUUAAUGAUAAUUUUAUUUUCAGAACUAAUGCUGUAUUUAAAAUAAUUUUAAUAAUGUUAACAAUUAUAAAUAAAUUGUAGCUUAUCUAACUAUGCACCAUUUAUAUCAGUAAAUUUAAUAUAAUGUAUUAAUAUAUGGCUUUUCUGUUUACCAAAUCUACGACGUCUAUUAUACCGAUAUAUGCUAUAUUGUCUAUAUAAGGCAACUCAUGCCAUGCCCUAAUUGCUAAAAUACUGUUUGGGAACUAUUGAAUUUUCAACUUUGGUACAUGACUAAUUAAUUAAAGCUUUCCCUGACCUAGUUUAAUAGUUUUUGCACACUGCAAACUUUUAUGAAUGAAAACUCUGAGAUAGUAGUAAAUAAUAGCCAUUAUGAUUAUGCAAGUCAUCGUGAAUGGCCACCAUGACAUUUUGCACACAGCAAAUUAUGAUCAUUUAUAAUAUGGACUCUACCGGGUUUUUUAACCUCAAAUUAAAACAGUAUUCUUUCAAUAACAUUUAAGUUAAUUCUAAAACAUAAGUUAUCAAAUAUUUUGAUAUAAAUAGUGGAAAUAAUUGCAUAUUUCCUAAGUAACGGCAUCUUCCGUCAGUGAAAGGGGGCAUGGCCACUUCCUUAUCGAAAUUGGGCUGAGCUACAUUACCAUAUAGGGGUUUACUCAAAUGAGCAUAGCGAGUGACUGACAUGUCCUAACUCAAUGAAAAUUGACACAAAUACACAUCGAUAGAUAACACAGAGUAAGACUUAUUUUUAAAGACAUAAAAGUUGAACUUCUACACGAAUUUUAUAGUGAAAGAUGCCUUAUAUUUAAUGGGGAAUCUCAAAAUAAAGGUCGAUUGAAAAAUUAAAACAAAUCAAUGUAAAUGUAGGCCAAGAUGUCUACCUAAUUAUAAGGCCGGAAAUGGAACUCAAAUAUAUGUCGGAAGUACUCAUUUCAUAAUAAAUAGACAAACACAUCAGAAAAUAAAAAACUUGGAUUUUUCGGCGCCGAUUUCUAUUUCCGAUACACAAAAAGUAGUAGUCUCCCUUGUUUCAUCGAAGUAUCUAAUCUGAUUAUGAAUAUCAAUAUGAAUGAAUGAGAAAUUAAGAAAUGAACACAUACUCAGUAUGCUGCGUUGUAAAGUAGCCCUUCUUGCUAACUUGUUUACUCUGUUAAAUGGAGGGUAAUUUUGCAGUUCAGGUGCAUAUAUUAUUUCUGAUCGAAUUUCAUAUUAUCACAUGUAAACUUACGUGUAUUCUUCAUUAAAUUAAACCCAGGCAGUAUUAGUUUAGUUAACACUAAAUUUUACAGAACUAACUUUUCUUUUUACUGAUUUUUACAGCCUCCAUAUGGGACAUAUCCGGUAGCAUAAACGAUACCUCCAUUUUAUUUUUUUUUUAAAAUUCACCCCACAUGCCAGAUUGCAAUGUUCCAUUUCCUUGUUUUUUUCAGGCCUCAUAAUUUAGAUGAUGGCUAAAGGGCUUUUAACUCUUUCGAUGGGGAAUAACACACACUGCGUUCAUCCGCCAUUCUCAAAUGCACGGACCAACACGCUGUGCGUUGUUUCAAUUUCAUGUUUGUUUCUUUGCUAUUCCUCGGUUAAACUUUGUAAAGAGCUAUUUUUAAAUAAGACUUUUACAUAGAAGAGCGGUACUUCAUUGUUUAUAAGCGAAACCAGGGUUUAUUUGUUGUCAUUUGAAGCAUAAUUUUAAAGAUUUUCUUAGCUUUUGUUUUCUUCUAUUGCUAUGGCUACUUAGGCCCUAGUUGGUGAGUAAGUUUCCUAUAGGAUUAACAGCUUAAAAAGCAUUGGAAUUGUUUUAUACUAUUUCUUUUGAUAGUGAAGAUGAUUUAUAUUUAGAUCCAUCAGAUGAUUCCGAUAGUAGUAGUUUUAGAGGAUUUGAGUUAUAGACGUGAAGAUGAGGUAUGCCUACAUCAUAGGGUUUGGGGAAAAAAUGGUUUAGCAUAAAAUAUUUUUAAAUUUUAUGGUUCUUUUCUGUGAUUUAUUUUAUUUAAACUGAAAAAUUAAGUUUACAAACAUAUAGUCCUAUUAAUUAUCUUUCAUUUGAUACCAAGUUUAGUCUUAUAAACUAAAGAAUAAUAUUUUAAAUAUUUUUUAAUAAAUCCAACCUCUCACUCUUUUUCACUCUUUGAAAAAAAUGUACAUUUUUUUCGAUUUAAAAAUUCCGCAGCAAAAGAGUUAAAAAUGUUCAUUUCCAAAAGUCAUCACAAGCCACGGCGUGUAUAUUGGCUAGUUUUAGGAAAAAUUAAAAUUAUGAGUUCAUUACCCUUUAGUACUGGUUUUUGAAUAUGGAUAAUCUACUGUAUGUGUACUAACUUUGAUCUAGUUCCAUUCACCCAUGGCUAUGCAUGAGCCUUUGUAUGGGAUUAUAUUUAUACACACAUUAAGAAAAAAUAAUAAUUUUGGGCCCCCUAUAAAAUUACAGAACAUCUAAUUAAUUUCAACUCCCCUCCCCCCCCCAUUCUUCUCGUGAAUGUGCCUACAAUUUGAAAAUUUCGUUUAGCAUACCAACUUAUAGAGGAUAAAAAAUCUGGUAACAGGAUGAAAAUUGAAAAAUACAAAACAAAUGGAGCUAUGAAAGGUUGGGGGAUGUUCAAAGACGCUUGAGAAAUAAAAUAAAACGAAAAUAAGCGCUGUAAAACUAUCACUGCCUGGGUUUAAUUUAAUGAAGAAUACACAUAAGUUUACAUGCAAUAAUACAAAAUUCGAUCAGAAAUAAUAAACACACCUGAACUGCAAGAUUACCAAAUGGAGUAAUUAUGUUUUCAUUUUUCAAUUAAAAAGUUAUGAUUUUUGUCAUUAAUAAAAAUCAACCAUUUUUUUUACUAUGGCCAUGGACAUUAUAAAAAAGAGUCUUAAUUUUGUGGCCACUUUUCAAAAUGUUUUUAGGAAAAGGCACAUAACUUAAACUUUAUAGCUUUAUUAUAGCAGGGGCAGCAUGAACAAAUAAAUAAUAUUAAGCUUUGUAGAAGUGCUAAACAUUGUAUUAUCAACAAUGCUGGGUGGCCGAGUGGUCUAAAAUGAGCCAAUAACAAGUUCAUGGUCUGGAGUUCAAUCCCCUCUUAAGUCAAGUCAAGCAAAAAACAAAUCUGGGUAGAAGAGACUCAUUAACCUUGGAUGGCAACUCAUCCAAGAGAAGGAAAGUCUGAAUUCAAACCCAGAGAUAGCGCCCCAUAGCAGGCGAACAUUGAAACAAUGAAUCAUUCCGACAACUCCUGCGAUGCCCCUGAUGCCAUUGCUGAGAGCGCUGUGAUAGAAGUACUAUAUAAGUAUUCAAUCAAUCAAUCAAAACAUUUCUCUAACUUCAAAAAGUAAAAAAAUAAAAUAAUGUAAAUGUAAUUAAAAACGUUAAUCACUACAACAACAACCCCCCCCCCCCCCCCCCAAAUUUUUAAAAAAAAAAAAAAAAACCAAAUAAAUUAUGGCUUAUGAUGACCUAGGGCAGUGGUUCUCAACCUGGAGGUCGCAAGACCCUUUCCCAGGGGUCGCCUAAGACCAUCUGAAAACACAUAUGCUCUACAGCUAUGAAGUAGCAAAGAAAUAAUUUUGUUACUUGGGGUCGCCACAAUAUGAGGAACUGUAUUAAAGGGUCGCAGCAUUAGGAAGGUUGAGAACCACUGACCUAGGGACUUUGGUAUCACCCAGAAACACCAGAAAAACAGAUAUUGUAAUUUCGUUGUCAAAAUGGCAACCUCCAAUUUUUUAUUAACAAGGGUAGCGUGAGGUGUCUUUCUAAAAAAAGAAAGGUUUCAAGAGAAUUUUCAUACUAUGUGAAGAAAUGUUCCAGUUUUUACAAAACUCUAAACCAGUAAUGAACUCAAAAUUCUCUGUUCAGUUUUCUUAUAUCCCUGUCAUCAAGGGGUUGACAUAAUUGAAUUCUUGAAUCCCAUCAACAUGAGGUUGCAAUUACAAGUCAAGAGAUCUCAGUCUUCAUUGUCAUGAAACAUUGACAGCUUUCAAAAUGAAGCUAGACCUUUGGGAUUCAAGGUUAUAGUAGAAGAACUUGGCCCCAUUCUCCAUAGCUGAACACAUAUAUUGAUGCAAAUGAGUUUAUUGUCGAUGACAAUAUCCUUGAUGUGAUGAAACAACAUUUAUUAAUUAUUUUAGCGAAGAAAUUUCUCAUUAUUUUCAAGAUCUUUAAGAAUAAGAAAAAAACUAUUGCUUUGUCAACAACCCUUUGUUGUAUACUCCUUUAGUGAUCUGCCAGUUUAUUGAUUUGAUAGGUGAUGUGGGGGAGGGGGGUGCAAAACAUGUAUUCCUUGAAAUUUGUUGAGUGAUUUUUGGAUUGAAAUGGCGGCACAGUCCUAUCCCCACAUUGUAAAGAUUGCUCUAAGUUUGCUGAUUCCAUUUGCAAGUGUGAGACAACUUUUUUCAAACUACUAUCAAAACAAAAUCCUGAAACAGUUAAGACCCGAAAAUAACAUAAGAGUUUAACUGAACUGGCCAAAACAAAGCCUAACCUAGAAGAAAUGGUUACGGCAUAGCAGUUGCACCAAUCCCAUUAAGUAUCUAUUUGAUGACUAAGUUUUGCCAUUUUCUGAAUAAACAAUUAUUUUUCAAAAAUAUUUUGUUAACAGUACCGUAGCCUAAAUGUUAACUUUAUUGUAAAGGGUCAGCGAGCAUUAAAAAAAUUGUUAAGAGACUAUCACGCAAGAAAUCCUAAAAAAAGUUUGAGAACCACAGUAGCAAAAGGAAAAUAUCUAACAUUAAUAUAAAUAUUAUGGUGAUAUUCCAGUUUAGGUGCCAAAAUUCACAACAUGUAAUUAAUGAUUAAACAUAAUUAAGCACUUUAAAAGCCAUUGUAACUCAUGUCAAUACGUGAUCAAAGCUGAUAAGAUCACUUUCCCUCUGGAAGUAUUCAGAAUAAAAGAUGGCUUUACCUGCACAAGUCGCAAUGUGAUUUACACCAUAAUUUGCAAAAAGUGCGGUAAAUUAUGCGUAUGGGAGACAGGUUGUCGCCUUGGAGACCGGUUCAGAGAACACCUCUAUAACAUAAAUAAACAAGCUCUCUGUCCGGUCUCCAAACAUUUCAAUAGCCCUAACUGCUAUAAAAGACCACUAAUUAUUAUUAUUAUUAUUAUUAUUACCUUAGACAUCGCAGUUACUGGUAUAUUGUAUACUAGUAACACAAGAGAUAGAAUCUACAUGGAGAAUAAAUAAUUAAUAACAAGAUUUGGAAAGUUGUCUCCAUAUGGGAUAAACCAAAUCCACAAUUUUACCUAGCUUCCAUGUCUUUUUUCUGUUUGGUUUUUACAAAUUUGUUCAAAUCACUUCCUUUCCACUCUCAUUUACUUUGUUUUUGUCUGGUUUUUGCGCCCUCUCCUAUUUUUAUUAUUUUUUAGGUAGAAUAUAUGUGUAUAUAUAUAUUAUGUAAAUUUAAUUUAUACUUAUUUAAAUGUUUUGUUGUUGUACUGAUGAAGUCAUGUGCCGAAACCUUAACUUGUGUAUUAUGUAUAAUUAUUAUUGAAGCUUAAAUUAUAUUGUUAUAUUGACACAUAUUGUUGGUGUCUAAUUAAUUUAAGCACUUUAUGCAUAAAACAGUAUGAAAGUCAUCACAGAUAAUUGUCAGCAAUCAUAGCCAAGAAACGUCAGAACAUAUAAUUCUUGCAUUCUUUCUUAGCUAAGAAACAGAUGUAUGACUGACUACUAGUGCAGCUAAAAGUAAAAGAACAGGGGCUUUAUUGUAGUUUCAGUUUGUUGUACUUUCACUGAGCAGUGAACUGGACUGGGAUUUUCUUUGUUACACUUUCAGUGUGGUUAGUUAAGCUAGGUGAAGGCCUAGGUAUGUUAAUUAUUACUUAGAAUUACUAUACUAUAUUAUAUUAGGACUAGGCCCUAUUACUAGGUCUUGUAUAAACACUACCUGUCCUAACUCAGUAAUGACAUCAGUAAUUUACUCUUGACUGUGAUGGGCUACUGUGUAAGUGUAUGGGGUCAUAGACUACUAUUUAAAGUAAAUAAAAUAAAGUACAUCAUCUGUGUUUCAACAAUUUUCAAACUAGACAACCAGAAGUUGCACAAUGUUCCACACAUUUGAAUUUGGGCACUUAAACUGGACAAAAUUCCAAUAUUAUAUUAUCCCUUACAGUGGGUUUCUUUUUCUAAAAACUACAUUUUGAUCAGAAUCUUUAAACAUAAGUUUUACAUUUAUUCUUAUUUGUUGUUUAUUGUUUUGUCUUGUCUGAUGAAGAAGACAUUUAAUGGAAACAUCCCUGUAAUUGUCUUGUCUGAUGAAAAAGACAUUUAGUGGGAAACAUCCUUGUAAUUGUCUUUUUUUUUCAGCCUAAACAUACCUUGUUUCACUAUUUAUUUUCAGAAGUUGUAAACUAGAAUGGAAACACUUGAGCCAAUAAAGAAUAUAGCAUAUAUGUAGUAAUAAAUUAAAAGGCAGACUAAGCCCUACUUUAAAUUAGGAAUUUAAACUUAGUAGGCCUGGCCUACUCAGGUUUUUAAAAAGUUUUGAACAAAACCUCGUUUUUAGACUAGCGUAAUACUCAUGCCUAUUUUAAUAAUAAGUUAAUAUUAAAAUAAAUAUAGUUAAUACCUAACAACAAUUCCUGUAUAUGACUAGGCCUAGAACAGCACAUUUUGCAAUUAAUUAGGCCUUAUCUAUUUUAUUUUACUUUUAUCAGUUCUACAAGUAAAAACAAGUGAACGAAGCCAUGCAAACCACCAUCUGUUCAUCAAGGAGCAUGUCGCUACCCAUCAGUGUAUAGAAUGGCCUCAAGGAAGAACACUUAUUGUGUAUAAUGUGUCACCUUACUACAAAGAGGUUAGAUUUAAAAUUAAUAAUUGAAUUGAUAUUCUUUCUUAGUAGUAUUUUUCUGCUGUCUCCACAUUACUUGAUCUAACUUAAAGCUAGGUAAGGCCGGUAAGGUAUAUCUAAACACUCUAUAAUACAGUUUACAAAUGCACAUUUUCAGUUAACAUAGGUACAUGGAUAUGAUGUAUAUAUCUAAUAAAAUCAUUUUUAAUUAGGCCUAGUUUAUAAUAUUUAUUUUUAUCAAUGAUGUAUUUUUUACUCAUUAUUUAUUGUUUUCAUAGGAUAACAUGAGAGUACUUCUCCAGGGUUGUGGAGACAUUCUUAGAGUGUACAUACAAGCAAAACCAUCAUCAGCUCCAGUGAAAAAAAGUUCUUUUUCUAUUAAUGCUAGCAAAAAGGUUUGUUUUUAUCUUUAUCCUUACUUAUUAAUUUGACAACAAUGAGUUGAAAAAAAAAGUAAAAAGUUUUUGAUGUGAGGAACACAGUGCUUAAAGCUUAUAUUUUUUUGAACUGUCAUCCAAAAGCGUAUCAUUUUUCUUUCUGCACUGUAGUUGGUGAAUUUUAAGCUAGAUUUAUGAUAAAUGCCACUAUUAUAAACAUUUAACAAAUGUACUCCAGACUUAUUUUUUGUCCUCAAAAGGAAGAAAGAUUUGUUUGGCACUGUGCAUGCUGAGAAUGUAAGAGGCCAGCAUUUUAAAUAUUGAAUAGUCUCUGUAUCGUAUUAUUAUUAUGAGAAAAUUGCUAUUUUCAAAUCUUUUUGCUUUUUUUUUUUUUACAGUCAGCGCAGGUGGCCUACAUUGUUUUUAAGAAGGCCAGUGGUGUAAAGAAUGCUUGUAAAUUGGCUUAUGACCAGAUUCGACUCAUGUCUGACGACAAGACAGUAAUACUUUCUGGCUUAAGAGGUGAGAUCAACAUUCAUAUUUGCUUUAAAUAUUUAAAAUUAUAUUAACAUGUAGAUUCUCUUUAUAUACUUUAACAGUAUCCAUUCAACAUGACAUCAUUUAUAAAAGUUAUUUUUCCUCUCAUAUUGGAAGCAUACAUGGAGGAUUACAACAACAUACUUGAUGUGUCUAGAUUAGAGAAGGAAGCUGAAGCUUACAUGGCUGCAUACUAUAAAAGAAAAGAUGAGGUAAAUAUUGUUUUAAAAAGUUGUCAUUAUUACAUUACCCGCCAAGCGGGUUAAUUAUGUUAAGAGUCAUUUAAAAUCUUGAGAUUAACUUCAAGACAUUUCAAUCAACAUGUGCUGAAAUUUGUUGUUAUAUUUUGACUAUUGCAUUUUUGUAUUUAAAUACAGUCUGAUAAGAGAGACAAGGAGCAGGCUGGGUUACCGGACGAAGAUGGGUUUAUAAAGGUGACACGGCAUGGCAAGAACAAAGGCACCAGGAGGACAGAGGAGACACAGAAGAAAGGCCAUGAUCAUAUACAAAAGAGAAACGUUAAAAAUGUGAGAUAUAAAUCUAACAUUAUAUUUCUGGGUGACUUAUUGGUCUGUUAGUAAGUAAAGUUUCCAUUAGUUAGCUUGCAACUUACAGCUGGUGGCAUUUUCAUAUUAAAUAACCCUGACUGUAUGGGGAGCUCAUCUAUUUGCAAGGCUAGCCGAGACACCCCGUUUAUUCAUUCAAACAAAUCAUCAUAAAUAUUUUCACUCUGGUUCAUGAAUGUUAACAAAACAACAGUCCAGUGAUUCCAUUAAAUAUUAUUCAGAGUUAUACAUACAAUUUUUUUCUGUAAUCUUUUCACUCCAUAUUCAAAAGAAUUCAUUCAAGGUUGUGUGCACCAAGUAAUCUAUUAUUGUAAAACCCAUUGUAUUUGUAUUGAUUUGUGUCAUGUAACAUAAAAGGAGUUAAGUUUUAAAAAAAUGAAAUUCGAACUUGAUGAUUGGGAAUAUUUUGUACUGGAAAGGUAGGAAGAAAGGAAUUAGAUUAAAAACAAUUUAAUCUAAAAUAUGUACAGUGAAAUACGUUUAACGUGAAAACGCUUAACUUGAAAAAUCGGUUAACACAAAAUAAAAUUGCCGUCCCGACAAAAUACCAGGCACCAGGUAUUUUCUUAAUUUUUUUUUCUUUUAACACGAAAUAAAAAUCGCUUAACAACAAAAUUCAGUAAAGAUUUUGCUUCUCUGUAUGAAUUUAUCAGAAAAUCUUCAAAGCAUUUUUGUUAAAAUAUAAUUUAAUUAUAAAUUGAUUUUUUUCCCCUUCACUUUCUCAGGAGCUGAAAGACUUUUACACCUUUCAGUUUAGAGAAACAAAGAGG